CUGACCCUGUCCACGCACUCGCUUCUUGUUCUCCUCCAUCGUCCUCAGAGACUCCCACCCUCCGAACCACCCUUACUCUUUCUCUCCACAAUCUUAAGCCACCAUGCCAGUCAAGGGCUCUGACGUUCUCCUCAUUCUCGUCGCUAUCCUGUUCCCUCCCGCCGCGGCGGCCUUCAUCACUGGCUGCAGCUGCGACCUGCUCAUCAACAUCUUGCUGACCGUCCUUGGCUACAUUCCCGGCCAUCUUCACGCGUUCUGGCUUAUCUACAAGAAGAUGCGCGCUGAAGAGCGCUACGGGCAUGGCGGGUACCAAUACGUCGGCAACGGCACUUACGAGCCCAUAUACACCACCGCUGGCGUCGUACAGCCCGGCCAACAGGCUCCGUACUACGGCUCGACCACCCACUAAAGUGGCACAAGCCGCUGCGCUGCGCCCCUUGCCCUGCGCGCGAUGGACGUCUAGGUCAACAUACCUCCGUAUAUAACAGGAUUCCUCGAGCUGUAACUUUGUAUAGGACAUCUUUCUCUGCUCCAUAUUGAUCACUUGCUACGUAUCUACAUCCUUCUCGCGUGCACUACCCUUCAAGUCGAGAGCACUCUGCCGUCUACGUCCAGGAGAACGUUACAGUGACUGCCUUGGUGCGCAAAGCGGGGAACAGCUGAGGCAGAAACUGCGCAUCCUCCUCGCUUUCGAAACCGCCUUCGAAGUGCACGUGCACGUCGCGCAGCGCGUGAAACGCACCCCUAGCCAGUAUCUUAUCCAGAUCGUCCCAUCCCACGACCCAUGUAGGCAUCCCCGCGGGGACGUUCGACUGCGCGGUCGCGGCAGCCGCAGCCGCUG